UAGCAACAGCUUGACCCUCCUCGCGUCCCGUAGCAGGCCUGCUUCCGCUUCCGCUGUUCGGAGAAGUUUGAGCAUUUCCGGCGGCGGCUUGUGAGUGAGCAGAAUGGGUCAAAGUCAGAGUGGUGGACAUGGCCCUGGGGGUAGCAAGAAGGAUGACAAAGACAAAAAGAAAAAAUACGAACCCCCAGUUCCGACCCGAGUGGGGAAAAAGAAGAAGAAAACAAAGGGACCAGAUGCUGCCAGCAAACUUCCCCUGGUAACCCCUCACACCCAGUGCAGACUCAAAUUGUUGAAGUUGGAAAGAAUUAAAGAUUACCUUUUGAUGGAAGAAGAAUUCAUCAGGAACCAGGAACAGAUGAAGCCUUUGGAAGAAAAGCAAGAGGAAGAGCGAUCCAAGGUGGAUGACCUGAGGGGAACCCCAAUGUCUGUGGGAACACUGGAGGAGAUCAUUGAUGACAAUCAUGCCAUUGUCUCCACUUCUGUGGGGUCAGAGCACUAUGUCAGCAUUCUCUCCUUCGUAGACAAGGAUUUGCUAGAGCCAGGCUGCUCAGUUCUGCUUAAUCAUAAGGUCCAUGCUGUGAUAGGAGUCCUGAUGGAUGACACAGAUCCAUUAGUUACCGUGAUGAAGGUAGAGAAAGCCCCGCAAGAGACAUAUGCAGAUAUCGGGGGCUUAGACAACCAGAUUCAGGAAAUCAAGGAAUCUGUGGAGUUACCUUUAACUCAUCCCGAAUAUUAUGAAGAGAUGGGUAUAAAGCCACCUAAGGGGGUCAUUCUAUAUGGGCCACCAGGCACAGGUAAAACAUUGUUAGCCAAAGCGGUGGCAAAUCAGACCUCUGCCACUUUCCUGAGAGUGGUGGGCUCUGAACUUAUACAGAAGUACCUGGGAGAUGGUCCAAAGCUUGUACGGGAGCUGUUUCGGGUCGCUGAGGAACACGCUCCAUCCAUUGUUUUCAUAGAUGAAAUUGAUGCCAUAGGUACCAAAAGGUACGACUCUAAUUCAGGUGGCGAAAGGGAGAUCCAACGAACAAUGCUGGAGUUGCUGAAUCAGUUAGAUGGCUUUGAUUCACGUGGAGAUGUCAAGGUGAUCAUGGCCACUAACAGAAUAGAAACGCUGGAUCCAGCCUUAAUCAGGCCAGGACGAAUUGACAGGAAAAUUGAAUUCCCACUUCCGGAUGAGAAAACCAAGAAGCGUAUUUUCCAAAUUCAUACCAGCAGAAUGACUUUGGCAGACGAUGUUACUCUAGAUGAACUGAUAAUGGCUAAAGACGAUCUGUCGGGUGCAGAUAUUAAGGCAAUUUGCACAGAAGCUGGCUUGAUGGCUCUGCGGGAACGGAGAAUGAAAGUAACAAAUGAAGACUUCAAAAAAUCGAAAGAAAAUGUUCUCUAUAAGAAACAAGAAGGCACCCCAGAGGGCCUCUACCUGUAACUUUCUUUUUCUUUCUGGGGCGGGGAGAAUCCUUGGAACCUUCUUUCAGAAUACAAGGGGAAAAGCAUAACAAAGCCAUUGGUUGGAGGGGGGAGCUUAUGCUGUUGAAAACGUGGCAAAUGAAUUCUUCUGUAUUGUAAUAUCAUUCAUUUCAAAACAUUUUGUCAUUAAAAAUAUGGUUUCCAAGCGAGAA